UUCUUUUAACCGUGAACCCAUGACUCAUUGAGUUUCCCUUAUGGCACAACAGGGGAUGCUCAAGAGGGCUGGUGAUGUUGUAAGGCUGCUUUAAAAACUCUUUCUUCCAGAUGCAGACACUUUAUGAGCAGCCUGCUUCUUCUCGUGGGCCCCUUUUCCCCCACCAACCACAGGGCUCUUUUCUCCGCCUCCCUUAAGCAAUAAUACAAGGCUAAACAAACAUCUGGCCAAAGGCUGUCUGCCCCACAUCUGGGCAGCGUUAGCAGAGCCUGGGACCUGCUUGAAGAACAAGCCGCUCUUUUUCGGGAGGCGGAAGGAGAGGUUUCCUGUGUGGACUGAAGGCAAGGAGCAUCUGGGGUUAGUUGGGCUGAGAUGCAUCACCAGUAAGCCUGAAUUUUCUGCUACACCAGAUUGAUAUUACUCUGGAGACAUCCUUUGCACAUUUAAGAUGCUCUCCAAAGCCUCCCCCAUCCUGCUGCUUCUUUGGGCCAAAGUGGCGUCCUCCACAUGGCAUGAAGGAUCUGGCUACUCUGCCGCAGAAAGGCAAACCAAUGAAGUUCACGUUGAGGAAACAUCCCAUCGUCAUGGCCCAGAAUAUCGAGUCCCGCAGUGGUGUCACCUGCUCAACAUUUACCACGGGGAGGCUGCCUGCUAUUCUCCCCACGGAGGAAACUAUCGAAGCAGCCUGGGGACCCGCUGUGAGCUUUCCUGCGACCGCGGAUACCGCUUGAUCGGCCAGAGGUCCGUGCAAUGCUUGCAGAACCGCCGCUGGUCUGGGAUGGCCUACUGCAGACAGAUCCGGUGCCAUACUUUGCCAUCGGUUUAUCAUGGUUCGUACCAAUGUUCAGAUGGAGCAAAGGUGGACUCUCACUGCGACUAUACCUGCCGGCCUGGCUACUCCCUGGAGGGUGAUCGCAGUCGCGUGUGCAUGGAGGAUGGACACUGGAGUGGCGGCGAGCCAAUUUGUGUAGCAGACAUAGAGCCACCCAAAAUCCAAUGUCCCGACUCCCGAGAGCGACUGGCAGAGCCAGGGAAACUGACGGCCGUUGUGUUCUGGGACCCACCCCGGGCCAAGGACUCAGCUGACGGCAUCAUCAAACGAAUGACGCUCCGAGGCCCAGAACCCGGAUCUGAGUUUUCCGAAGGAGAACACAUUAUUCGCUACACCGUCUACGACCAGGCAUUCAACCGAGCGAGCUGCAAGUUUUCUGUGAGAGUCCAAGUUAGUCGCUGUCCUGUUUUGAAGGCGCCGGAGCACGGAUACAUCAGCUGCGACUCUGCGGGCAACAACUAUGGAGCAACCUGCGAGUAUCAGUGCGGUGGAGGAUAUGAACGCCAAGGUUCCCCUUUGCGGGUCUGCCAGUCGAGUCGCCAGUGGUCAGGCUCGGAGCCCACCUGUGCACCCAUGCAGAUCAACGUGGAUGUAAACUCUGCUGCCAGCCUUUUGGAUCAGUUCUACGAAAAGCGCCGGCUACUCAUCAUCUCUGCUCCAGAUCCCUCUGACCGCUAUUACAAAAUGCAGCAUGCCAUGUUGCAGCAAGCCACGUGUGGACUGGACUUGCGUCAUAUCUCCGUCAUUGAGCUGGUGGGGCAGCCACCCCAUGAAGUGGGCAGGAUCCGCGAGCAUAAGCUUUCAGACACCAUCAUUGAGCAGCUCAGGCAGUUCCUCCAUAUCACCCGUCACCGCUUCAAUGUCGUGUUUGUUGACAAAGAUGGGGUGGACCGCGAGCGCUACAUUGAGCCCGUGACACCGGAUGAACUCUUUUCCUUUGUGGAUGACUUUCUGCUCAGCAGCCAAGAAGAGCUCCAGCGGGAACAGAACAGGGACAUCUGUGAGUGACAAUGGACGGCUCUGCUCCUGGUAGCAACAACUGGACACCUCCAACCUCUAUCAUCCCUGGAGUUGGAGUCUCCUUUCAGCGCUUCUCCUUGACUUGAGGUGAAACAGAAGAGGCAUUGUUGGAUUUAAACCUUUGAAGGACAGCAUAGACUAUUGUCCUAGGCCUUUGGGCUGCCAUUAUGUGAACAAGUACAAGGACUUUUCAGGAAAGUGUGCCUUACUUAUGUACCUGUUCUUUUUUGUGCAACUAGUCCCUUCCCCAAAGAAGAGGGUCACACAGGAAGAAAAGCUACUAGAGUAACAGUGAAGGACCUUGGACCAUCAAGAAGACAUUUGAAAGUGAGACUCCCACCAUCCUUUUCUAUUGGUCACGCUGACCGGGACAUCAAGGUUAUCCAUUCAUGUACUGGAGAAAAACCCUGAAAACUUCAUCUUCUGUUUUAAAUAUCCCAAGCUAUCCUUGCCCUGCAGAAAGAAAAGCCAAAGCCCUCCAGUUGUUGGAAUCCGUCUUCCGCCAGCUCCACUAAGCAUGGAAGUAGUAGCCCUAGAGCAGUGUUUCUCAACCUGGGGGUCGGGACCCCUGAGGGGGUCGUGAGGGGGUGUCAAAGGGGUCGCCAAAGACCAUCAGAAAACAUAGUAUUUUCUGUUGGUCAUUGGUAUUCUGUGUGGGAAGUUUGACCCAAUUCUAUUGUUGGUGGAGUUCAGAAUGCUCUUUGAUUGUAGGUGAACUAUAAAUCCCAAUAACGACAACUCCAAAAUGUCAAGGUCUAUUUUCCCCAGACUCCACCAGUGUUCACAUUUGGGCAUAUUGAGUAUUCAUGCCAAGUUUGGUUCAGAUCCAUCAUUGCAUGAAUCCACAGCACUCCUCUGGAUAUAGGUGAACUACAACUCCCAAUCUCAAGGUCAAUGCCCACAAAACCCUUCCAGUGUUUUCUAAUCGUCAUGGGAGUUUUGUGUGCCAAGUUCGGUUUAAAUCCAUCUCUGGUGGAGUUCAGAAUGCUCUUUGAUUAUAGGUGAACUAUAAAUCCCAAUAACUACAA